UGGUGGACAAAUCCAUGUUAGGUAGGCGGCCAAAUGCGUUCGUGCUGCCGUGCUGAGCGUCAGAAAAAGACUUGUUUCUCUCCCCGCGUGCCAUGGCCUCGCCGGUCGUCGCGGCUAGCUAUUUAACCUCUCGCCGCCUCGUCCAGCCAAGGAAAAGACUCAGAUACGCACGUACGCUCCGGCGGUUUCGAUCGAGCGAGGUGGGCGGAAGGAGAAGGCAUGGCGAGGCUCCUGGUGAUGAUCUUGCUCGCUCUGUUUCUCCUCGCCGUCGCGCCCGCUCAAGCGGCUCGCUUCACAAAUCACGCAGGGGGCUUGAGAGCGAGGAUCGGCGAGGCUCCGGCGCUAGAGGCUGCGCAAGUUUCAGCAGAGGAGAACUGGAGAAGCAACGCGGUGGUUGAAGAGAUGUUUGGAAGGAUGGCUCUACAGGUAACUGACUACCCGGGCUCUGGCCCGAACGAUCGUCACACUCCCAAAGCACCGGACCCAUGACGACGAGACAGAGACAAAGAGACAGCAGACAGUAGCUGCUUACAGAGAUUUCAGGCUAAUCUGGGGGUCUUUUGGUCUGGAAGGAAAUCGUAGUAGGGACGACCUGUGCAAGUGUAAAUAUACUGUACCUGUGCUGCCUGAAUGCCCACGCUUUCUGUUUGUGUGAAUGAAAAAAAUAAGCUGCUGAAAAUUCCUUGAAAAGACACCGAGAUGAUAAGACCCACAGACCUGAGUUUCUUGAUUUCUGUGUGCGUGUGCUUACGCUGUGCACCACAGAUCCCCUCGGGGAGGAUAGCGAAGGGCUGCUGCAUUUUCUGACCUCGAGAACCUGAUCGUACGUAGCAGACCUCAACACACAGCAAGAUGCAUGGGAAAAAUGCUCAAUGCAGUGGAGCUGAGGCAGGCAGCACAGAGGCAGUGACUGAAAAAUGCUCAACGUCUUCCUCUUCGAUCAAUACGAAUUCCUCUUCUCUUCUGUGAA